GUUGAAACGGAAACCCCCUUCUCCUGCCCCUCCUUCCUUUAAGAUGAUGAACCCCUACCUGAAAGUAAUGGGAGAGUACAAAGUUGAUGUAGUGGAAGACAGUGAAAUAGUCAGGAGUGACGCAUUUAUCAUUCAUAAUCUUAGAUAUGAUUCAAGAAACUUUAAUAACGACAUUAUGCUGAUCAAGCUGGCAACCACCAUGGACUACAGUGCUGGCAUUCAACCCACAGCUCUGCCCAGCUUCUGUGCCAAGGAGGGCCCUGAGUUCAUCUUUCAAGGAGGAAACACACUGAGCAGUGGCUCCAGUUUCCCUAAGGUUCUCCAGUGACUGAGAGCUCCAGUUGUGAGAAACCAGAAGUGCCAAAAGGUUUACCCAGGCCAAAUCACCAGCAACAUAAUCUGUGUAGGAUUCCUGGAUGGGGGAAAAGAGUCAUGCCAGAGUGACUCAGGUGGCCCAGCUGUAUGUAUAGGAAAACUGCAGGAAACAGAGUGUGCUCUGAAGGGUUAUCCCAAUGUCUACACCAAGGGGUGCAAUUAUGUUGAUUGAAUCGAAGAAACCAUUGCAACCUAG